GUCCUACCGGAACACUUUAUAGCUCGCCGUCAAACGACCGACUGACUGACUUUGCUUGUGGCUGACUGACUGACGGGUCUGUCGGACCUCUCCUCCUCGAAAUGGCACUUUUUAACCUCCUUUUAAGCUGGAUCUCUCACGCGCUCGUGUUUCUGCUCGUUCUGGGUUUUAUUGCGUUUCUUUGUUACUGCUUGUAUAUUAAACACAUUCAUGACAAAUACGACCACAUCCCCGGUCCACCGAGAAACAGUUUCUUACUGGGGCACUCACCGUCGUUUCUGAAAGUCAUGAAAGAGGGCGGUAAUGUACACGACACAUUUCUGGGAUGGGUCGAGAUAUAUGGGCCUGUUUGCAGGGUAAACGCCUUGCACUACGUUUUACUCCUUGUGGCCUGUCCAGAGGCAACCAAGGAAGUCCUGAUGUCCCCGAAGUACCCCAAAGACAAAUUCCUCUAUAAGAGACUCUUCUAUCUGUUUGAUGAAAGGUUCCUUGGUAAUGGCCUGGUAACAGCACAGGACCAUGAACUGUGGUAUAAACAGCGCCGGAUCAUGGACCCUGCAUUCAGCAGCUUGUAUUUAAGAGGUCUUAUGGGCACCUUCAAUGAGAGGGCAGAGAAACUGAUGACUAAACUUACGGAAAUGGCUGAUGACAAAACAGAGGCCAACAUGCUUCACCUAGUCAAUUGUGUAACGCUUGAUGUUAUUGCUAAGGUGGCUUUUGGUGUGGACUUAGACUUGCUGCAUAAUAGUUCACCUUUCCCUGAAGCCAUUGAGACAUGCCUGAAAGGGAUGGUCUACUACAUAAGGGACUCCCUUUUCAAGUACAAGCCGAAGAACUGGCCGUUCAUUAAAGACGUGAGGAAAGCAUGCCGCCUGCUGAGAACUACUGGUGCUAAAUGGAUUCAGGAGAGGAAGACUGCAAUGAAAAAUGGAGAUGAAGUCCCCAAAGACAUCCUCACACAAAUCAUGAAAACUGCUGGCAAAGAGGGAAACAUGUCUAAAGAAGAUGAAGAGUUCAUGUUGGACAAUUUUGUGACUUUUUUCAUCGCGGGGCAAGAAACAACAGCAAAUCAACUGGCUUUUUGCAUCAUGGAGCUUGGAAGACAUCCUGAUAUCCUGCAGAAAGCGAAGAAAGAGGUGGAUGAUGUCAUCGGGAUGAAACAGGACAUUAGUUAUGACGACCUGGGAAAACUGGUCUACCUCUCCCAGGUAUUAAAGGAGACUCUGAGGAUCUACCCAACAGCUCCAGGCACAUCUCGUGAUAUACCGGAAGAUAUUGUCAUCGACGGUAUCCAUAUACCCGCAGGAAUCACAAUUUUUUUCAGCUCUUAUGUCUGCGGGAGAAUGGACAGAUUCUUUAAGGACCCACUGAAAUUUGACCCAGAUAGAUUUCACCCGGAUGCUCCAAAGCCUUAUUACUGUUACUACCCUUUUGCCCUCGGUCCACGGUCAUGCUUGGGACAGAACUUUGCUCAGAUGGAGGCUAAAGUUGUGAUGGCCAAGCUUCUGCAGAGGUUUGACUUCAGCCUCUUGCCAGGACAGAGCUUCGAGGUGCUGGACUGUGGCACACUCAGGCCAAAGGGAGGAGUGGUGUGCUCUAUUAAGCACAGGGACUACAAACAGGAAGUGGACCAGCAAUAAUAUCUAAGAAAGUGGAAUCAUAGUAGUUCAUGUGGUGAAGACUGGGUUGUGGGUUUGCUUUUACUGAACUCCUAAUUGCUGCUUGAAUUCAAGUCCCUUAUGCUGCAAAGUGUUUUACACUUAUUCUGCACAUUGUAUAUGUUUUUAAUAAUUCAAUAGAGUCUGAGGUGCUAGUUUUAAUGAUAUACGUAAAGUCACAUGAAUGUACAGUAUGUGAUGAUUUUUAUUUUCUAUACAUGGAUGACAUUAUUGGUACAUUUUUUGACUUAUUUUUUCAACAAAAUAAUAAGUCCUUAAUUAUCUAAGAAUUAAUCUGUUAGCACUGAAUGAUUAUUGUUUUAACCACUGAGGGUCUACACUGUUUUUUUUCUGCAACACAAAAUAUAAAAACUGCAGAAUUAAAACUUUUACAAUAGUAUCACACAUUCUAUAAAUCAUAAAAAAAUGCUUGUUUGCAUUUCAAUAAAUUCUUAUAUGACUCAC